CAGAACUAGUCUGCUUCGGAAUAUCCGCAUUACAGCACGUUAGCGCUACGGAGUCUGGCGCGCAUGCUCAGAAAUGCAUGCAGUGCAGUUGUUGCGACAGUGGAGAGGGAUAGCAUUUCUGAACAGUUUGCGAGAUGACGACUUCGUGGAGCGACCGGUUGCAGAACUAUGCGGACCUUCCCGCCAACAUGGACGGCCUGGCGAUGAAGAAGUACCGGCGGGAGGCCUACCACAGAGUGUUUGUAAACAGAAGCUUGGCGAUGGAGAAGAUUAAGUGCUUUGGCUUUGAUAUGGAUUACACUUUAGCAGUGUACAAAUCCCCAGAGUACGAGUCCCUGGGGUUUGACCUGACGGUGGAGAGGCUCGUUUCCAUCGGCUACCCCCAGGAGCUUCUCAACUUCGUCUAUGACCCGUCCUUCCCCACCAGGGGCCUUGUGUUUGACACGACGUACGGCAACCUGUUGAAGGUGGACGCCUAUGGGAACAUCCUGGUUUGUGCUCAUGGGUUUAAUUUCAUGCGUGGGCCUGAAACUCGGGAGCUGUAUCCCAACAAGUUCAUCCAGCGGGGGGACACAGAGCGUUUCUACAUCCUGAACACGCUCUUCAACCUUCCUGAAACCUACCUGUUUGCAUGCCUGGUUGACUUCUUCACCAACUGUUCCAGGUACUCCAGCUGUGAGUCGGGCUUUAAGGAUGGAGACCUGUUCAUGUCCUUCAAGAGCAUGUUCCAGGACGUCCGAGACGCCGUCGACUGGGUCCACUUCAAGGGCUCUUUAAAAGAAAAAACGGUUGAAAACCUGGAGAAGUAUGUGGUGAAAGAUGCGAAACUGCCUCUCCUGCUGAGCCGGAUGCAUGAAGUAGCCAAGGUGUUCCUGGCCACCAACAGCGACUACAAGUACACUGAUAAAAUUAUGACGUACCUGUUUGACUUCCCCCAUGGUCCAAAGAUGGGUACUACUCACCGACCGUGGCAGUCCUAUUUUGACCUGAUCUUGGUGGACGCGCGGAAGCCCCUGUUUUUUGGAGAGGGUACAGUGCUGAGACAGGUGGACACAGCGACUGGACGGCUGAAAAUUGGGACCUAUACAGGACCCCUUCAGCAUGGCAUUGUUUACUCUGGAGGUUCCUCAGACAUCGUGUGCGACCUGCUGGGGGCCAAGGGGAAGGACAUUGUGUACAUCGGGGACCACAUCUUUGGAGACAUCCUCAAGUCCAAGAAGCGGCAGGGCUGGAGGACCUUCCUGGUGAUCCCAGAGCUGGCCCAGGAGCUGCACGUGUGGACCGACAAGAGCUCUCUGUUUGAGGAGCUGCAGAGUUUGGACAUCUUCCUAGCAGAGCUCUACAAACAUCUGGACAGCAGUAGUAAUGAGAGGCCUGACAUCAGCUCCAUACAGCGGAGAAUAAAGAAAGUGACGCACGACAUGGACAUGUGCUACGGCAUGAUGGGAAGCCUGUUCCGCAGCGGCUCGCGCCAGACGCUCUUCGCCUCGCAGGUGAUGCGCUACGCGGACCUGUACGCCGCGUCCUUCAUCAACCUGCUGUACUACCCCUUCAGCUACCUGUUCCGCGCCGCGCACGUGCUGAUGCCUCACGAGUCCACCGUGGAGCACGCCCACGUGGACAUAGAGCCCGAGUCGCCCAUGGCGACGCGUAACCGCCACGCCCUGGACUUCAGAGACUUCGAGCUCAAGCGGCACCAGCUGACCCGCUCCAUCAGCGAGAUCAAGCCCCCCCACCUCUUCCCCCAGACCCCCCAGGAGAUCACGCACUGCCACGACGAGGACGACGACGAGGAGGAAGAGGAGUGAACCCCCCCCACCACCCCCCCCGCUAAUGCCAGUCGCUGUUUCUUCUUCUUCUGCGGUUUUCUGAAGGGAUCUGUUACCGGUGGAUCAGCUGUACAGAGUGAGCGAUUGAGAGUGAGGCAUUAUUCAACAGUGUGUAUAAAGGACAGACUUUCUAUACGGAAAUAUUUUUUUAUUUUACUGUCGUUGUGUGUCUGAGUUCUUGCGGUUCAUGCAUUAUAAACCACCUCUGGUGGCCCAGACUCUCCUGCUACUCUCAUUUUACUUUUUGUUUGUAAGUGACGUGUUCUUUGUUUUCUGAUGUUCUUAGGGGGAAAUGAAUCGGGACAGUGAUACGAUUUUGGUUGUUUUGGUUCUGCGCUCCAGCCUUUGGAUUUAAAAUUAAACAAUGAAUAUGAGGUUGAAGUUCAGACUGUCGGCUUUAAUUACAUUUACAUCCAUAUUGGAGGAUCCAUGUAGGAAAUAGAUCCCUUUUUAUAUAGUUUUAUUUAUUUUAGGGGAGCAAAAGUAAUUAGACAAAUCAACAUAAUCUUAAAGUCAUCAGAUGACCGCCUGAAGUCUGUGACCCAUAGCCAUCAGCACACGCUGGGUAUCUUCCCUGGUGGUGCUCUGCCAGGCCUGUACUGCAGCCAUCUCCUGUUCAUGUAUUUCUGGGGUGUUUUCCCUUCAGUCUUGUGCUCAGCGAGUGAAACGCACGUGAGACAGAAUCUCUAGGCCUUUUGUUAGCUUUCUUAUGCUUGGACUAAUGAUGCAAGGACACACAGCUGGCCUACAAACAGCUGAGCAGCCAAUUGUCCGAUUACUUUACUCCUCUAAAAUAGGGGCACUAAAAUGUAAAAUGGGGUGUAAUUCCUACAGGGAUCACCAGAUGUGGAUGUAAAGCACUCAUGUGAAAGCUGGCAGUUUCAAAUUCAGUGUGCUGAAAUACUGAGCCAAAACAACAAAACAUUGUCACUGUCCCGGUACUUCUGCAUGUAACUGUGCGUAUAUACACACACACGCACACACACACACACACAUAAUUGUGGAAAUUUAAAGACCAAACUCCAGUGGCUUGAACAGUUUAAGAGAAGGCUGUGUGCGUCCCUGCUAUGCUGCGUUUUCUCACACACACACACACACUCUCUCUCUCAUACACACACACACACACACACACGCGCGCGCGUGCCGUGUGCUUCAGGUCUGGACUGCAGGCUGGUUGGGUCUCAUGGUGCUGUGCUGAUGGGACUCUAACUGGGAAUCAUGCUCCAGUUUUCGCUGCUCCUGCAGUCUCUGUGUCUCCUCCUACACAUGUAUUAUUGAGUGCAGCGAGGCCUGUGCAGACGCAGUGCAGCACCAGACUUCCUGCUCCUUCCUGUCAGACCACGGACGCCGUUGAUAAGAUCAACUGAGAUGGGAUUCUACAUACAAUUCGAACACAAAUAUACGUAAUGUCCUGAUAAACCAAGCAUUCUGUUGUUUUACAUUGAUAUCACAGUGUAAAGAGAAGUUUCUCAAAAAUCUAUAUAUACUGUAGAAGCAUUUUGGGAAGACUAUAAUAAUAAUCAGAAUUAAGAGAACUGACCAAUCCCUUGUAGAAACGGUUUGUUUCAGCCAUGCUAGAUACGUCAGUGCUGACCUUUAAGUGCAGCUGCAGCAGCUGUGCUGCAUUGGAAACGCAGUGUGCAGCAAGGCUGUGUGAAUGCAGAACCCAGUCUUACCUGCUGGUGGAUGAGAGAGGACUGUAAGGCUGUAGCUAUUGCCUUAGUGGGCUGAUUGGUGGCUCGUGAUUCGCGCUGAGUGAAUGGAGGUUGACGUGGUGUGUGUGGGGAAGGGCUGUGUCUCUCCCAAAGCUGUGGACGGCGCUGACUGGGGUUCGUCUGUGAGCAGGCGGCUUGUUCAGGUUUAUCACACCUGAAGGCGUCAGUUACUGUGUUACUUCAUAAAUGCAGACAAAUGGAUCUGUUAACUUCACAUGAAGGGACCGUAGAAAUGAGGAGAAACGGGCUCGUUUGAGUCAGCUAGAUACGGUGACCGUUGUUCUUAAUGGCACCUUACACCGCAACCUCAUUUUCCUCCAGUGUGUUUCUCUGCAUUUGCCUGUGUGGGGUUGGGUGCUGUACAAACCUCACCCUCGUUAUUUUUAAGUCAAAGGUAGUGCUAAACGUGCAUUCGGGCGUUUUCUCUCUCCCACAAACAGGUGGGGUCAGCCUUGCGCAUGAAGGCUAUUCCUGACAUCAGCCCAACUUUGAGAAAAUUGAAGCCGCUUUAGAGUCAUAUUACCUGCUGUUAUUUUUUCUUGCAAAAAAAAAAAAAAAAAGUGGUGUGCCAACAUCCAGAAUGGUUUUAUUUUUUAAUUGUUCAUUAAUACUUUAUUUGUUGUGCAUGCUCUUUGCGCUUUGGGUUUCUUUUUUUAAAGUGCAAGUUGGUUUUUGUUAAGAAUGAAAAUUAUGAAAAUGUACAUUUGCGAAAAUUCAAUUUUCAUGUAAAAUAAAGCUGUUACAGCUUCAUGGGUUUCCUUUU